GACCUAGAUUGCCAUAUGAGUUCUGAAAAGCGUUUGGCUCCUGAGGAUAACUGCUCUAAAAAUAGAUUUGGAGGAGAGGUUUCUCAUGGGUCCAGUUUCGGGUUCCAGCUGAACUGGCUUUAGGAAACUUGUUUGCUCCUGUUGCAGGACUACAGUGAGGAUAAAUCAUUUCUUAUUCUGCCUUCAACAUUAAUUUUUGGAGAUACCGACACACUCACUCUGUCUGGGGAAAUCAAGCGCUGAUGUUAUGGCUGAUGACACAGAGACUAAGCAUGGAGGAAGCAAGAAUGGAAAGAAAGAAGGACUCUCUGGAAGCUCGUUUUUCACCUGGUUUAUGGUAAUUGCUUUGCUGGGAGUUUGGACAUCAGUAGCAGUUGUCUGGUUUGAACUUGUAGAUUAUGAAGAAGUUCUAGCCAAAGCAAAGGAUUUCCGUUAUAACUUGUCAGAGGUCCUACAAGGCAAGCUUGGGAUAUAUGAUGCUGAUGGAGAUGGAGAUUUUGAUGUGGAAGAUGCUAAAGUAUUGCUAGGCCUUAAAGAAAGAUCUGUCCCAGCACAGCCAGCAUCACCAGAAUCUGAGACCAUCCAGCCUGCUGAGAAGUCCUAUGUCGAAUCAGAGCACAAGAAUGCUGAUGUAGAAUUGGAAGAGGAAAUUCAGUCUGUUCUUCAUGAAGCUUUCCAUUCCCAGCCUGGAGAGAGACAUGAAGAUGUAGAUGGAAGUAUAAAUGACCAGUGGCAAGUGAAGGAAGACAUACAUGGAGAAACUUUUGAAGCUCCUAUAACAGAUGAUUCACUCAAAGAAUUAGAGAUCGAAAUGCCAGAAGCAUAUGAGACACCAGACUCAGUUCAGAAAGAUGCUGAUCUUUUGGCAGAUGAUCUUGGAGCAAUGGAGCCUGAACCAUAUGAAGCUGCAGUUUCAUAUGAGUAUGAUAUGGAUGUGGAAAAGACAAUGAGUGAUCCAGAAGCUCCAGCAGAGGAUAUGGUGCAUGGCAAUUACAAUGAAGAUCAUGAACUAAAACAUGAAAAACAGACUGAGACUCGAGAUACAGGUGUUGAGGACCUUCCAGAGGAGGUGAAUGAAGCUACAGAGCCAGAUGAAAUUAUUGAAGAUUUUGAUAUUGAUAAAGAGCUGUCAGUAGAAAGUAAGCAUAAAGAAGAUGAUGUGGCCACUGAACCAGAGGAAUCAGAAAUGCCUGUUCAAGCCGAGGAUUACUCAAAUGAUGAUCUAGUGGGGAAAAGUGAAAGAGAAAUUGAACAAGACAAAACAGAAAAAGCUAAAAAGAAGAAGAAGCCAAAGCUCUUAAACAAGUUUGAUAAGACCAUUAAAGCUGAACUAGAUGCUGCAGAAAAACUACGUAAAAAAGGGAAAGUUGAAGAAGCUCUAAGGGCCUUUGAAGCAUUAGUGAAUCAAUAUCCACAGAGUCCUCGAGCAAGAUACGGGAAAGCACAGUCUGAAGAUGACUUAGCUGAGAAAAUGAGAAGUAAUGAGAUGCUGCAAAAAGCUAUCAACACCUAUGAUGAGGUGGUUAGUCUGCCAAAUGUCCCUUCAGAUCUGAUAAAACUGAGCUUGAAACGAGAAGCAGACAGACAGCAGUUUCUUGGUCGCAUGAGAGGUUCCCUGGUUACUCUACAGAAAUUAGUUCAGCUGUUUCCCAGUGAUACUUCAUUCAAGAAUGACCUUGGUGUUGGUUACCUCUUGAUAGGAGAUAACAGCAAUGCCAAGAAAGUAUACGAAGAGGUUCUAAGCCUGGCUCCAAAUGAUGGCUUUGCCAAAGUACAUUAUGGCUUCAUCCUGAAGGCAGAAAACAAGAUAGCAGAGAGCAUACCCUACCUAAAGGAAGGACUUGAGUCUGGUGACCCUGGCACAAAUGAUGGACGCUUUUAUUUUCAUCUGGGUGAUGCCUUGCAGAGAAUGGGAGACAAAGACGCAUACAAAUGGUAUGAACUUGGAUACCAAAGAGGUCACUUUGCAUCGGUUUGGCAGCGUUCCCUCUACAAUGUCAAGGGACUGAAAGCUCAGCCGUGGUGGACAGCAAGGGAGACUGGUUAUACAGAACUGGUGAAGUCCUUAGAAAAAAACUGGAAGCUCAUUCGGGAUGAGGGGCUUGCUGUGAUGGAUAAAAAAAGAAGCCUGUUCCUGCCUGAAGAUGAGAAUCUACGAGAAAAAGGAGACUGGAGCCAGUUUACUUUAUGGCAACAAGGAAGAAAGAAUGAGAACGCUUGUAAAAGUGUUCCGAAAACAUGUGCUUUAUUGGAAAGAUUCCCGGAAGCUACUGGCUGCAGAAGAGGGCAGAUCAAAUAUUCUAUCAUGCACCCGGGGACUCAUGUCUGGCCCCACACAGGGCCUACCAACUGUCGGCUAAGGAUGCACUUGGGCUUGGUGAUACCCAAGGAAGGCUGCAGAAUUCGGUGUGCCCAAGACAACAGAACCUGGGAAGAAGGGAAAGUUCUUAUUUUUGAUGACUCUUUCGAACAUGAAGUAUGGCAGGAUGCUGACAAUUAUCGCCUGAUAUUUAUUGUGGAUGUGUGGCACCCUGAGUUAACAGCACAACAGAGACGCACCCUUCCUGCUAUUUAAGGGGUUCCUUCUGAUGUGUGAAGCAGAGGAGCUUUAACCCCUUUGGAGUGUGCAAAUAGGAUUAAUUUAUCCAGCAUACAAAGAAUACAACUAUUGUAAGGGUUAUAAGAGUUAAGGAUGAUAUUUUGCAAUCACAGAGGACUUGAUUUAAAAAAAAGGAGAGAAAGAAGAAAAAAAAAAGCCAUGGUUUUUUUUGUACUGGUACAGCACUGAUAUGUACUGUUUUCCUGGCUGCAAGUUUGAAAAUAUAAAUCCUGUCAGCCAGAGAGCAAUGGAUCUGGAUUUUCAAAUGGAGGAAUGUGCAGAUGUUUUUGCCCUGCCUGUAUGAUGUGUACAAAACCUACCCGAUGUGUCAGUCACCUACCCGACCAUGUUCAGGCACAAGGUUUGCGAUUCUACAUCUGGGAAAUACUUCCCAGGGAAGCAACAUGCAAGAUUUUUACAAAGAUAUGCACCAACCAACUUUGAAAAUCAGUAUGCAGUUGUAAUGUUAGCUGCUUUAGGCAUAGAACAUGUCCCUAUGUUAUCAACUGCAGAUAAUGUGAAUGGGUUAUAUGUGUUUUGUAUUUUUUUCUACCUAAGUAACUGUAUUUUUCUAGCAUAAUUAUGAACAAAUCUUUAACGAACCACUUUUUUUAAAACACACACACUAUAUAUAUAUAUAAUAUAUAUAAAGUGUAUCUCUAGCUAUCAGCAGAAGGAAAUCACUAUAUACAAACAAAUUUCAUUUUUGCCAGGUGUGGCCUUCUCUUGCUUUCCUGGAAAUGCAAACAGAAACUUGCAUAAUCAGCAGCUUAGUGAAGCUUUGUUCUUCUAAAACAAAACAGUUCUCCCAGUUAGCAGGCAACCUUCAGUUUGAUAAUGUGAUUUUGGAAGAUGUUGAGCAAAUGUGACAUCUGUAGGCUCAGAUCUUAAAGUUCUUGACAGUUCUUAGGAUUACGUGGUGAACUGCUGUUUCUCCUAUCAUUACAAAAGCUUGUGUUGUGGUAUCUGUUUUCUACCUAGCAAAGGUCUGGGGCACCUUCUUCCAGGGACGACUCCUAGGCUGCUGUUAGGUGGUCAUUCAGCAGAAAAAAAUGUACAAAGAAUUUCCAGUGCUUCGGGCAGAAGGACAAGAUCUGACUUGGUUUCCUGCCAGAAUGCAGAGCAAAGAGCUUCAGGUUAUUAACUUGCAUUAACUUCUGCUGCCAGUGUCCUGCAGUGCUAGAAUGAUCCUUUAAUUGACCUAAUGGUGUUUUCCUAGUCUUGAAAUGUAUGACAUAAUGCUGAAGUAGUUUUAUCCCAGUACUGUUUACAGUAUGCUCUGUAUCUGCCAUACAGAAUUUAUUAUAUGGUCAAAAGGCCUAUUUUGAAGAAAGAGAACUGACUGGAUGUUUAAACAAUUGGCUGGUCUUUGGGGUGUGUACUAUAAUGGGAGAUGGAGGGUGCAGGACCCUUCACUGUUAACUUCUAAGAACGCUAGAAGAGAGACCUGAGGUUGCACUGUUGAUGUUUAUGGCUGGCUGUUACCUACUCACCCCAUAACCAGCUGGGUGUGGAUAGGUGUGCUAAGGAUGCUCAGGGCUUGUCAAGUGGCAUCAUUACUGAAGGCUGAGAGAGACAAACACUAAACAAGGAGACACUGAGAUUACUUAGCCUCCACAAUUUUGGCUUUGUAGUCCAAGAUACACUGAACAGUCAUCUGAUUUGUUUAAUGCUCGGUGGUUUUGUACUGCAGACUACGUCACAGUACCUAAGUAUCAUGACCAAAAUGCCACAUUUACUGAAGCAAAAUACAGAGCUUUGCAUUCCCAUAAACUGAAUGGUUUUCAGAUUAUUUUUUUUUUUAUUUUACUAGGUAAUUAAAUCUUGCAAUGCUAUGUAACACAUGGUGAUUGCACCAUGAAUCGGUGUAAGCAGUUUCUGGAGGUGCGCACCUUAAUUCCAUUUUUGACUAUUAAACUGAUUAACUCUCUCUGAUCAAGAGUCAGUUUUAGACAACUAUGAUAAUUAGGCUUUAAUGUGUUGUCCAUAUCAAAAAUAACACUGAAAAUAUACAAAAUAUAGAAGAAAGUAACAGUUCUCAGUUAAUCAUUGUGAAAACUGAAAAGAGAUACAAGCUUCAUGCUUAAGAAAAUAUAAAAAUACUUCUGGAGAGCUUUAGAAGACUUGUGCAAAACUGGAAAUAAGUUACUUGUUAUUGUGGGAGGUAAACCAGUAGAACUUCUUUAAAAUCUCAUGGUAGUUGUUUAGUCAGAGGCUGUAUUUUAUAUCUUUGUAAAGUGAUCAAGCAGCACAAAUUAUAAUCUAUUUUGUAAUUCUCCAAAAUAAAGACAUAGUUUGUAAAGGA